AUGCCUCGACCCAAGCGGACAAAAGUCGCGCCUUCAGCACCUCAACCACGUUUGAAGAAAGUCGCGAAAUCAACGGCGCGAGCAGUCCCAGAAGCUCCAAAGGCACCAUUUGACGACUUGUACGAUGUCAGUGAUCCGGAAGAAGGAGUUGUUACAAAUGCGCGACGCGUCAAGAAGAACAAUGGAAAAGAAAAGGCCACAUUGGCACCAAAUCGCGCUCAGACGGAGGCGGUGGAAGCAGAACCGAUCCUGGACGAUAUUGACUUAGGAUCAAGCAGCCCCGCUGUAGAGGUUGGCCGAAGGGAGAGUACACAGUCUAUACUGGCAAUUGGAAACUUUAGGAGGAGGGCGCGUCAACCAAGUAUUCUAGGUCGCGGUGCUGGUCGUGCUCGAUCGAGCAGUGUGGAAUCGAAUCUUGCCUACGAUAAUGGCCUCACCAGCGUCCGUCGAAAGAACGCAUCCGUUAUGGGCAAUGUUAGAAGGCAGCCAAGAGAGGGCAGUGUUAUGGGCCGAAAUGUCGUACCAAGCAGUAUGGGACUGGAAAUGGACAGAGGCACCACACCAAACGUAGGAUCAGCAAUAAAGAUUGGGAACUUCAAACGACGCGAACGAGAAGCAAGCAUUUUGAGAACCGGGCAGGAAGCACAAAGGCCACCGCUGGACUAUGAGGACGAGGAGGAUGAUUUCAACCCGGACGAUGAAUCCACACCUUUGAACCAGUCCAAAACUAGGCAUACGACGUCCUCGUCUGCUCUCUCUCACUUGGAUGUACGUGCUCGAAGCCGGGCAUCGACAGCACUUCCUCGCCCAGCACCUCGCAGAAAAGUCACCAAGCCCAAAGCUCCAGUGAAACCUGCACCAAAACCUAAUGCAAAGCGAACCUAUGGUCGAGCCAAUCAGACGUCUGAUAAAGAGAAUGAAGAGGUAGACCCUGAUGAUAGCUUGGCACCAUUACCCGAUGAUGGAAAUGAUAGUCCAGAAAAUAGCCUGGAAUUGGAGAAAAGGGUUGGGAAAGAGUUAAAACAGGCUGCGAGGAAGUUUGCUGAAGUUGACAAGUGGGAGCUUGAAUUUGAGGACGUUACUGCAAGCAGUUCCAGUCCGAAAGAUGCUAGAUGA